GCGGAGCGAGGCGGGGAGGGGCAGUGCUGGUGCCGUCAGCGCACGGCGGUUGGCGCGGAGGCGGAAGUGGGCGGGUCGCGCCCGGGUAACAACACUGGGGAGCUGCUGGCGGCUCUCCUCACUCCCCCGCCAUGUUCUCCUAGCGGCGGCUCUGAUUGCAGCAGCACUUCCUCAGCCCGUCACAAAGCCCGGGCAGACACUCCCAGCAACCCGACCCGCUCAUCCCCGCCUGGGCUCGACCCCGCUCCCCGGCACAACUCUGGGUACCCACAUCCCACCAUGGUUACCAGCACGGCGCCGCCGCCCUUCCUGGCUCGGAUCUCGGCGGGCACCGAAGACCCGCGGCGGAUGCCGCCCUCCGCCCUGCUCCAGCGCCUCCGGCGCGGGGACAGCAACUGCGAGAACCAGCCCAGCUGCUGCCUGGCGGGCCCGGGGGGCAGCGCCCGCCCCGCGCUGAAGAGGGUGCGGCGGAGGAAGGGAAAGAUCCGGCCCGGCCCCGCGGGGCUCCUACCCAGCCGCUAUCAGCAGUACCAGCAGCAUCGCGCCGGGCUGGGGAGAAGGACAUCGCUGGGAGCAGACCUGGUGACGGACGCCCCCCCAGAGGAGCCCCCUGCGCCUGCCCCCUCAAGACCCGCGCCCGGCAAACCCCUCAGGAAGGAGUUCUUAAAAAACAAGAUGGGAAAGACAGAGAAGGCGGCCGUCCCCUACGGCCAGCCCGUUCACAGCUUACACCUGUGUGAACAGCCAAAGAUAAACAGACAGAAGAGUAAGUGUAACACGCCAGUGACGAAGAUCGCCUCGGCGAAAAAGAUAGAGAACUUUUGGCAGGAUUCUGUGUCGCCGGAAAUAGUUCAGAAGCAGGAGAAAAAGCCACUUAAAAAUACAGAGAACUUCAGAAAUGCCAAGUCCAAGAAACCUAUUGCCCUAAAUGAAGUGAGCCAAAAAGAAAAUUACGCUGGGGCAAAGUUUAGUGACCCACCAUCUCCCAGUGUCCUUCCAAAGCCUCCCAGCCACUGGGUGGGUGGCACAGCUGAACUGUCUGACCAAAACAGGGAGCUGAUGGCAGUCCACUUGAAAACUCUCCUAAAAGUUCAAGCAUAGUUUCCAAGAUCUCUAAAGUAAUUGGCAAAGAAAACUCCAUCCAGGAAACUUAAACAUGCCUUGUUGCAACAAAAAUUGCAAAAGACUGUCAAGUCUUACAAUCACAUAAAAAAAAAAAAAAUCCUUGUAUUAUAUUUUUUAUGGUUGUGUAAAUAAUGUACAUCUUGUAUUAUGUGUAUAUUCUUGUUCAUACUUUGAGAGGUACAUUUUAGUUUUGUUAUGAAAGGAUGUAUUUUGCACUGCCUGAUUGGUAGAUGUCUUGUAUAUAAAAUAUGGACAAUUUUACGUGUGUGCUUGACACAUGAAGACUUGACUUGCUUUGCACAAGGCAAUGAAAAUUUUGGAAGGAGAGUACAGCUUUCUAAUUAAGUUUCCAGAUCAAAUGUGAAUGUUUUAUUCGUGCACUACUGACAAUAGUUUCACAUUCUUUCUCCCAAUCAAGUACAAACAUGGAAUUUUCAUACAAAUGUGAAGUUUUGCCCUCUACUCUGGAAACUAUCUGGAAUUUCUGUUCAUCUGUUCAUUUUUAAAAUUAACUGGAAUUUGACUAAAAUUCCCACCCAACAAUUUGAGCGCUGCUGAUUUCUUUAAAGAAGUUUAAAAAAAACCCAACCAGAAAAAAAAACCAAAAAAAACCGAAAAAACCCGAAAGAGCAGAGCUUUCUGCCAAAAUUCAAUUGGUCACUAAAAAAUUAAAUAAAACAAUUUGGCCUCCCCUUA